AAUGGUUGCGGCGCACGCGUACGCACCACGCACACAAAAGCACAUUGUCGGUGUCUCUGGAAACAAAUCUGCAUUUGCCACCAGCAAGUGGACUUCAUGAUCGCUGCACGGCAAAAGACUUACAGCCGUUUUGGAUUACAUUCUGUCAACCAAGAUCAACAUUGAAGUGACCAUGCCAUGCGUGCAGACGCAAUUCAGCUCCUCUCCUCCAGGAGCCAGCCCGGCGUCUCAGAGCGCCGUCGGAGAGCGGAGCUGUGACUUCGUCACUCCGGAGUUUGUCAAGUUCAGCAUGGACCUUGCGAACAGUGAAAUCUCAGCUUCGCCGUCGGGCGCAGAAGCUUACAGUUGCGGCUACGACGUCAAGCCCCAGUGUCUAUUCCAAAUGCCGCAUCACCGGGAGCUGUCGUGCGUCAAGACGGAAGAUGCGCGUGGUUGCCCAGCGCGAUUUCAGCCCGGUCAACAUCUGCAGGCGGCUGAUUUGCUUUCCUCCACCAGUUCCGUUUACUAUUACCAGUCUUCAUCCUCGCGCGCACCCAUCAUGCCCAACUUUCAAAGUCCACCAAUGUGGGAGGACUCUGGUUCUCUGAUCCCGCAAGACUAUUCGGCGCAGAGGAAAAACUCCUUAUCCAGAUUCUCACUGUUUUCCAUCAAACAUACUGAAGAAGACAAUCGGAAUUUUUCAAGCCCCAUGAAAUUUGAUCGCCCUUUCCACCUGUCCACCAAUGUGGACCAAGCGCUGGACUCUUCUGGUCUUUUUUGCUGUACCGGACUGCAGGGGUGUGCGGGGUUUCACCCUCUGCAGCUCGCCCACACUCAGCACUUAAGGAACAACCUGAGUCCUUCCACGUGCACCCCCAGCCGAGGACGACCGAGCGCGGAGGGAUUGUGCGCGGUGUGCGGGGACAACGCAGCCUGCCAGCACUACGGAGUGCGAACUUGCGAGGGAUGCAAAGGAUUCUUCAAGCGCACAGUGCAGAAAAAUGCCAAGUAUGUGUGUUUGGCGGCCAAGAGUUGCCCCGUAGACAAACGACGGAGGAACCGCUGCCAGUACUGUCGCUUCCAGAAAUGCCUGGCGGUCGGAAUGGUCAAAGAAGUGGUGCGGACAGACAGUCUAAAAGGUCGCAGGGGUCGGCUUCCCUCCAAAUCCAAAGUUCUCCUCGACUCGUCCCCGCCGAUCAACUUGCUGCUGAGUUCCCUCGUCCGAGCGCACGUGGAGUCCAACCCGUCGCCCUCGCGCCUGGACUACGGCAAAUUCAAAGAAAACUCGGAAAGCCCUCCGGGAGAUGACGCUCAGCACGUACGUCAGUUUUACGGACUCCUGACCCGAUCGAUGGAAGUGAUUCGGGCGUGGGCGUUAAAGAUUCCCGGCUUUGUCUCUCUGACCAAACACGAUCAAGACCUUCUGUUCUACUCGUCAUUUUUGGAGCUUUUUGUGCUACGUCUGUCGUACAGAUCGAACCCCGAUGAAGAUAAAUUGAUAUUCUGCGACGGCUCCGUGUGGCACCGCCUCCAAUGUCUGCGGGGAUUUGGCGAGUGGAUUGACAGCAUUGUGGAGUUCUCCAACAAUCUACACAGGAUGAAUUUGGACAUCUCCACCUUCUCCUGCAUAUGUGCCCUCGCCUUGGUCACCGAGCGACACGGACUGAAGGAAGCGCGGAAGGUGGAGGAGCUGCAGAGUAGCGUGGUCCAAUGUUUGAAGGACGGCAGCGUGUACGCAGAUAGAAACGCCGAGCAUUUGUACAGACUGGUGGAAAAGCUUCCUGAACUUCGCACUUUGUGCAUUCAAGGCCUGCAGAGGAUUUUUUAUUUAAAGUUGGAGGAUCUGGUGACGCCGCCCGCAAUCAUAGAUAAGUUAUUCCUCGACACGUUGCCCUUUUGAAGACGCCAGAGGAUACGUUCAAGGACAAUGGCAGAAGUUUUUCCCCGUGUAGAUUGAUGAUUUGUUGGCGAUCCGACGACAAAAAGACGUUUCAUUCUUAUUGACCUCUUCAUGUUAAAUGUGAAUUAUGAUUUGAUUGUGAUUUCUAUGCAAUCUCUCCCCUCCCUUUUUUUGAUAGGAAAACUGAAUUUGCAAAAUCAUAAUUGACGUGUGAAUAUGAAUAUGGAAAUCCUGUCCUCAGAAGGUUUUUGUUUAUAUUUGU